AUGCAUCUGUCGGCGCUGAUUCUCAUUGGCUGCAUUUCGGCAACGCUCGCGACCGCCAACACCACCGAAUUGCCAAGCAAUCCAACGCGCGAAGAUUAUGAGGGGCUCAUGUUCCAGCCAGCAUUUUUCGACUUCAUCAAACGAGCCUAUGCUCCAGUUGUCGUAUACGGCGCGCACGUGUUCACCGAGCUCGAAGAGCUCACAAAAGAGGCCGACUCUCUCGACGAGCAAACCGCAAUCAUAAACGCUUAUGUCGUGAACCAAUACGAACUGCUCACAAAAAAUUUAUUUAAUUAA